AUGAUAUUAAAGAGAUAUGAAGAUGGAGGUUAUAUUGUUUCUAAAUUUGAAGAAAGGCAUACUCAUCCUAUGUAUUCUCAUAACAAUGCUCAUUUUCAGAAGUCGAAAAGAAAGUUGACGUUGUUGCAUAAGAAAAUGAUUAUUGAUAAUUCAAAGAUUAAUAUUGGCCCUGUGAAAACAUUCAAAAUUAUGAAGGAAUAUGUUGGGGGAUAUGAGAAUAUAGGUGCUAGCAAGUCUGAUUUCAAGAACUUUCAUAGAGAUUUGAAGGCUUAUAUUGAAGGAUUAGACACCCAGAUGUUUGUUGACAAUUUUAAGAGGAAAACAUUGAUGUGGUCAGCAUAUUUUUUUUAUUAUGAAAUGGAUGAAGAUGGCUGUCUUUGUAGAGCUUUAUGGGCAGAUCCUAUUUGUAGGAAGAAUUAUGUUGUUUUUGGUGAUAUGGUCUCCUUUGAUACUAUUUACCAAAGUAACAGUAUAAUAUGGUCUUGGGGCUAUUCACACAAGAAAUGUGUUACUUUUGCUGUUGGGUUUAUAGCAAAGAAAGACGUAGUUUCAUUUCAAUGGCUAUGUAGAACAUUUCUUAAGGCAAUGGGCCAUAGAGAACCUAAUUGUUUAAUUACGGAUCAAGAUCCAACGAUGAAGAUUGCUGUUAAUUCUGUUUUUGAGCAAUAUUUUAUUCCUGCGUAUUUUAGAGGCAUUUUUGUGGGAGGAAUUAUGAGAACUACAUCAAGGUCUGAGAGUGAGAAUAGUUUUUUUUCGUCAUUUAUUAAUCCUCAUGUGUCUCUUGUUGAGUUUUUCAUGAGGUAUGAAACUGCGUUGGAUGCACAAAGACACAGUCAGGCACAAAAUGACAAUGAUUCACAGGAGAAGUACCCUCGAUGUAAGACAGAAAUGCUGAUUGAGAUGCAUGGUUCAAAGGUAUACACCGUUUCUGCUUUUUAUAAUUUUCAAGAUGAAGUUUAUAGUGCUUUUUAUUCUUGUUGUGUGGAUGAAUUGAGGAAGGAAAAUGGAAUGGAUAUAGCAGUAGUUAUUGAGGCUAAUAGGAGAAGAAAGUUUAAGGUUGUAUUUGAGUCUAUUAAUUAUGAAACUAACAUGCUCAUGGAAAAAAUUCUAUAG